AUCUUACCACAGCAGGUGGGAAAUGUUUUUGAUUGAAGUGAAAAAGUGAGAUCCACCUACCAAUGGCAGGCAAUAUGUUUGCUGGUAAACAUGGAGUUAAUCCUAGACGUCACUCCGCUGACUCCGGAGAUGCACGCGAAGGAGUUCUGGAGCUGGCCAACCUAAUGACUAAUCCAGUGGUGCAUCCCAGAGAUUUACCUAUAAUAAGUCGUGGGAAACCUAAAGAUAGUAUUGGAGCUCUCAAUAUUUCUUUGCAUCAGGUAUGGAAAACAUUUCUUAAAUGAAAAUUGCAACUUGAUAAUGCUUUCAAAACAUACUGUGAGUGAAACUUAUAAGACAAUAAUGAUACAUCUUUUAAAGAACACCACUGACUAAGCUUUUCCAAGGUAUUAAUCAUGACAAUUUUUUAAAUACUGAAGCAACUUAUCUUAUAAGCGAUAGUAGCCCUCUUUUCGGUCUUCUAUAAAUAAAAAAAAAUUAGUGGCAGGCUGCUAGUAUUUCUUAAAUGUUCCUUGCUAUCUUUUGCACAAAAAACUGUUUGUGUUUAAGUGAGAUUUAAAUGGCAUUUAUGGAUUGUUAAAAGCUUAACUUAAAUAAGACUGUAGUAAUAUGUAAGUUUUUUGCUUUGUAAAAAAAAAUAAUACAGAUUACGAAAAAAAAAUCUUUUUAUUUUGAAUUCAGUGUGCCAGAGAUGGGGAUGAGAGCAACAUGUGGAUUCUACUUAAGAGCUUAGGUGCAAAUGUGAGAAAGAAGAUAAACCAGUAUGAUGAAGACAGUUUAACACCCCUCCAUUAUGCUGCUCGCUAUAAUCACCUGAGUGUGGUCAAACUUCUUGUGGAAGCCGGGGCGGGUAAUAAAGCUUAUAAUAAAUACAUUUUUAAAAUGUCAAGGAAAUCACAUUGUGGUUAUUACACAGUGAAAAGCCAGGCCUAUAGCAGAGGUUACUUUUGAGAUAUUAUAUGCCCAAGACAUUUUUGUGAACAUUAAGAUUUUUCUCAAAUACAAGGUAUAAAGAAAAAUUGAAUUAACCAACCAAUAAAAAAUAAUAAUCAUUUGUUUAAUUUUUUGCUAACUCACAUAAUACGGAUAAAGGGCUUGUAGUUCUUAAAUACUAUUUUUUUACUCGCUUUUAUAAAAUGUAUUAGCACAACAUGAAAAGAUAUGUUCCUUGGCUAUUAAAUGUAAUAAUACAUUUGUUUCUCUUGUUAAGGGAUAUCUGAAUCUUUUUAAAAUAAUUAAAUGAGAAGCAAAGCUUACAACCUAAAUCGUGGCAAUUUUUAAUAGAUGUGCAUGCUGCUGGAGAAGAUAAGAUCACACCAUUGCACCAUGCUGCACGAUACAGACGAGAACGGAUCACAAGGAGAAAACCGGGGCUUUCAAUUCAAACAGGCAGUGUAUGUUAAUAAUAAUAAACACACAUUGUUCUUGGCUACAAGUGAUUCAAAUCACAGAUAUUCAGUUCAUUUCCAAACACCUAUUCAAUUGAGAUCUGACCUGUGUGUUUAAGACUGGUUCAUAAUUUUCAAUACAAAUCUGCGAGUAUAACUAUAAACUUUUUUUUUUUUUUAGGAAUCUUUAAUAUUAACCAAAAAGAUAAACAAGAAGAAAAAAAAGCUAAACAUUUUACUAUAAAAUCCAAUUUUGAAAAUUCCAUUGAACAUUUUUUUAAAAGUGGCUUUGAAAAACUAAUUUUAAAUUCUUUAGCUUGGAUUGGCAAUAUGUGCUGCUUUAUGUCUUACCAUAAGUUUAGAUAAAAUAAUUUGAUUGCCUGGACAAGCAUUGUUAAUUUUACAAACUACUAUCCCAUCUAAUUUUAAAAAUGCCGCUCAGAUGCUUUGCAUGGCAUUUGUGUUUUUAUUUGUAUUUCGCAGCUCCUACUGUGUAGAUAUGAAUUAUUUCUUAACCAUUCCGCUAUUUAUGAAGUAACAUGUUUUCCACAUUUGAGCAAUCUUAACAAUGAAUUCGUUCAUAACCUUUUGUGCACACAACACCUGGUAUUCAUGUAUCCACCUAAUGAGAAACAAGUGCUCUGCUCAUUGAUAAUUUAAGUGCACAUUCUUAUUGGCAAUUUGAUAAACGGUGCAACUGACUUUUUCUGUAAGCUCUGCAGAAGAUAAUUUAUUCUAUAUAAUUAGGUAGCUUUGUAAUGCAGGUAUCUUCACAUGGAUUCAGGCUAUAAAUAAUUUCAUUACUAUUACUAAAGGUGCCUACAACCCCAGACUUUGAUUUUCUCCGGGAUGAGGAGGAUGAGAAAGAUAUAGCUGCUAAUCGAGUGAGAAAAAACAAGAAAAUAAUGAAAUUUCACAAUAUGAAAGCUGCCGAGAGCGAAACAAUGCUACAGGUUUCUUUAUUAUUUUUUUUUCAUUAUGUAAUUUGAUAUAGUUUUAUCUAUGCAUUAGCUAUAACACAUAGUUUACAUUAGGGAAGCUCAAACUUCAUGAUUUAAAAGUUGGUAAACUCAACAUUUUCAUAAUUUUUAUGUUGUUCCUAACACUGAUGUUGUGAAAUGUAAUUUUUCUAUUUCUUUAGAUAUUAAUAUAAUAACUUUAAAUUGUCUAACCACAAUUAUUGUCACAUGAACUUAUUGCUUACUUGUAAGUAAUUACAAUGCUUAAAAUUGACCCAUAAAACAAUUGCAGUUUCAAUAAAAACACUGUUUUUUUUUUCUUUAACCAUAAUUUAGAUGUUUAAAAUAACAUCUUGAUUGUGUGUGAAAAGAACUGCAGAAUUAUUUUUUUAUUUAAAAAAAAGAAAAGAGAGAGAUGACUCAUGGAAUUCUGAUUUUAUAGAGAGUUUUAUCUUUAACAUGUAAAGUAAGCAUGCAGUUUUUAUUAUACAAAGUUACCUUCUGCACUCAAUGCACUUCUUCCAUCUACCAGUCUGAUCACCUCUACCAAUCAUGUUAUCCUUAACAUAAGUCACAGUCCAGCAUUUGUUGUUUUUGGCAUCAAUGACUGUCUACUUUUUUUUAUGGAUUUUUUUUUUUUUUUUAAAGACACAUCGCCCAUGUUAAUUCCCUCAAUUUUAAAAUGAGCGUUAGAACUUUAUUCUAAUCAAGCUGAUGGAUGUUGCCUUAUGGUAUCACUGGCAAAAUCACUGCAUUUAAUUUGUAAAACCUAAUGGCAGUGGUUUGUUUGUGCAGGACCCUUGACCCAGACAGUGUCACCAUUUUUUUAUAGGGAAGCUUCUCUGUGAAAUAUCAAACUUGUUCAAAUUACUUGAAAGGAAAAUAUUAUGAAAUAGUUCAAUUUUGUUGAGGGAAGCUCACCCAUUAUUUGUUUGGAUAGUUCAAAAGACAACUCCGUUAAAAUUUUAAAUAUCCAUGAAAGUUAACUCCAGUUUUGUAUUAAUUUGUGUUACUGUGAAUAAAAAAGCAAUAAUGAGACAAUAAGGAAAUAUACAGCUGAUAUAGUCACUCCACGUCAUUUUGAAUAUAUUUCAGAGUUUAAGAAGGUAAGAAAUAGCUGAUCCCUAGUUAGAGGUAUGGCUGUUGGAAAAAAUAGAGAUAAUUUAUUUUUUUUCUUUUCACCACAAACCAGUAGUUUCAAUUCAAAUUAUCCUGUGGGAAAAAUCUAUAUCCAUUCCUUGGAUUCAAGAAAUCUCAAAAUUUUCCCCUACAACUUUGUCCCUGGGAAAUGCAAACGGCACCCUCUUUAUAAUAAAUAAAUAUAAACUAAAAAACUGGAAGUAAUAAGCAUAACAAAAUAAAUACAAUAAACUGCAAUUUGUCCACUAACACAGCGUUCGCUGAAUGGUUUUCCAUGGACUGGCACCAGUCCAGGAGCCUUAUGAUGCCUGUGGGCAAAACAUGAAAUAUUUAUAGUCAAAUAAUAAAGUAUAAUACAUCUGACACCAACCCCUGGUGCAAUUUCGAAACUUGUCCUCCACCGGUCAGCCUAACAUAAGAGUUUGGGAAACGCUGCACUAAGAGACAUUUAAAAGUUAUUCUUCUGCCCCUGCAUAUUUAAAAUAUCUGUCAAUUGAGUUUCUUAUAGUUCUUUAAAAAGAACACCUAUGUUUAGAAAAGAAGCAUGUGUGGUUAAACCUGAAAAGCUUUUGCUUAAUAUAGUUUUGGACAAGUUUCACCACUUGAUAAAACCCUUUCCUAUUUUAUGUUUACAUUAAAAUUAAUUACUAAUACAAACUAACAUCUGUGGUUAAACUAUUUAGGUUGCAAUUCCUACAAUGUGCCAUUUUUUUUUUGUAGAUCAAAUAUUUAUUUAUUUAGUUAUUUUUUUUGGAAUGAAUAUAAUCUGUUCACAUUUAUUUUGUUUAUGAUUUUUUUCUAAACUUCUAACCGUCUUGUCAGUCACAAAGUUCAACCAUUUUUAAAAAUUGGACUGUUGUACUCUUUAUGUUUGCUCCUUUCCCCCCUUUUAAAUUUAUUUUCUUGCACAGAUCCACUGAAGUUGAAAGAAGGUUAGUUGUUUCCGUUUGUGUGCAUUUCCUUUCAAAUAAUCUCAUGUGUGUUUGGAAAUUUGAAGUAUGUUUUGAAGCUGAAGCUAGUUUAUCUUUGGUAUUUGAACAAUUCAGUAGAGUACACAGGUCUUUAUUUCUAGCAUUUAUAUUAAUGUUUAGGAUAGUUGAACAUUUUUAGCCUAGUACUAAUUUACCCCCAUUUGAAAUUCAUGACAUAGGAUUAGGAAGUUACUAUUUCUUUUUUGUGGGGGAUAAAAUUAGAAAUGUGAAAGAAGCUACAGAAUCUUACAUUUAUCAAAUUAAACAAGUGUAUACAAAUUAAGACGUCAAUGCAGUUCAUAACUUUUUUUGUCAAUUUAAUCCUAAAGCUGGCAUGUCAUCAGGCAGACCAACUCUACCUUCUUCUCCCUUCCCGGCUUUUGCUUUCCUUGUUCUGUUCUUUUUGGUUAUAGAAUUUUUUAUUUCAAUACAACUUUGUUCAAUUUGUCCCAGCUGUACCAUUCUCCUCUAGAAUUAUAUUUCUGUUGAAUCAUGAAUUGAGUUUUGAAAAAAACAACAAAAAACUUUAAAUAUUUUCUACCAAAUUUAAAUACAUUUUUAGUCUUGUUUUGAGAUGAAGGAAAAUAUUUUUUUAAUUUAUUGUUAAAUUAAAUAAAUAUUAAAAUAGGCUUUUCUGAUUUUAAACUUCUAUUCUGAAUAAUUUCUCCCAUAAUACAUUUAGUAUUGAGACAUUUUUCAUCAAAUAUAAUUGCUAUCUCCAUUUAUGAAAAAAAGAAAUGUAUCUACUUUUCUUGCUUGUUUUGAAUACAUUUUAAUUCCCAUAAUUCCAUACUCUGCUAGCAAUGUCUGUUUUCAAGUUUGUAAAUAUCAUAAAUAAGCAUCUAUUUAAAAAAAUUCUGUAUAAAAGCAGAUGUACAAUUAAAUUUUAAAAAAAAAUCUUCAUUGUUUUGAGCAGUUAGCUAUAUUCUCAGCCAUUAACCUAUGUAUCAGUGGUCCUCCACAUGUUUGACUGUGGGAUGUUAUGUGAUGAUUUAAAGUGCAAAAAAAAUGUAUGCCCUGUAUCCCUGCGUGGCCCAGUUCCUAAUAGGUUGAGGCCCAGUGGUUGGGGACCUCUGUUCUAAAUGACAAGUUUCGUUUGAUAAUAAUUUUCAAAGUCUUUUAUCAAGCUUACCACCAGGGUAAUAUUUACUGCCAGCUAUCAGCCACUUAGAGAAACUCCUCAAUUCCAGAAGCACCAUUUGAAAAUAAUUGUCAAUUUCAUUAACCCUAACCUCUCUCUUCUAUGGCAUACAUUUAGCUAUGAGAUGCAUUUAAAAGCUAGAAUUGCUUGAACUUAAUAUAAAAAUAAGUAUGCCCAAAAAUAUUCCUGAAAAUUAUGGAUUUUUUAAAUUUUGUUUUGUAUUAAAAUCUUAGUAAAUUAAAUCCAUAUUGUGGAUUGUUGAUGUGGUUAUACUUAAAAGAAUAGUAAGUAGCUCCAUCUCUAAAGUAAAUCAGUAUCUACGAUUCUUAUUUUCAGCAUGUGGGCUUGAAUGGUGGGCCAUCAUCUGAACAAUUAGACCGGGACCCUGAUGGCAGCAUAGUCUCUUACUUGGUUAACAAAGGAGCCAACAUUAACGCUACUGACAUCUAUGGGCAGACACCUCUGCAUUUUGCGGCCAUGAGAGGCAACGAAGUGGCUUGCAGCAAUCUCUUGUUCUUCAAGAAUAAAAUUAAGAUUGAGGUGAGGAAACUAGACUUUAAGUUUUAUUAAAUGAUGAUCAGAAGUGUUCCUGCUUUUCAUUUGGAAACUAAAAACAUUUUUUAAACAGAUCACAACUCUUCUGGGGCAAAAUUUUUUAAAUCUAAAAUCCGUUUUUAAAAAAACAAACUUUUCAGAUUAGUGAAGAAAUUAUAAUUAAUCAAAAUAUAAUAUAGAACACACAUUUUGAUUUUAAAAAUGUGAAAAUUGUAAUAAUAUUUCUACAUUAUCUUAAAUCAAACUUCUGUAAUAAAGUUAUGAUAAAUUUAUCCUUUACUUUUAGAUGUUUUGCUUAAUAUUGUUUUUCUCUUCAAAACCUGUUUUAAUUAAAGCUCUGUUUUUAUUAAUUGUAAAGUUAUUUCAUAAUUCUUUAAUUAUAAAUAAAUAAUAGAGAUUAAUUUUUGUUUACUAAUAACAAUAAAAAAAUAUAGUGUAUUUGAAAUGAAGGUUUAUGACAAGAGAUGAGAGAUAUUUUGCAAAAGCUGUGCAUUGUUUUCAUUGCAUGAAUUUGUUGAAUGAAAUCUCUAUCAGACAUUGCCUAUUAUCAGAUAUUAUGGAGACUAUUUUUUAAAAUAAAUAAAGACAGAUGUGGUUUUCAAAUUAGGCAAAACAUUUGCUGUUUAUCUUUGUUGUUUUUUUAUCAAUAAAUAAGAAUUUGCUACACUUAAUGACCAGUUUUGUCCCCUAAUUUAACCCAUUUGCAGAUCUGGACAUUUCAUUUUUAUUUCCCUUCAGGCAAAUGACAACCAGGGCUACACCCCCCUUCACACAGCAGCCAUUCACAACCACGUAGAGAUAGCUCGCAUGCUCAUAGAAGCUGGGGCCAGCUUGAUGUGCAGGGACAAGGAGCUCUGCACCCCACUGCAUCAUGCAGCCUCUGAGGGAAACUUGGCUCUCGUUCAACUCUUGCUUGAUGCCGGUGCCAACUCUCAGGAAGGCUGGAUUACAUUGACUGAGGUCAGCGUGGACUCUUAAAAUUCACUUAUUUUCAUAUACUAUUACAUUUUCCUCUCAAGCACUAUUUUUUUUCUUUAAGAGAAACAAUACAGAUUUAUUAACAUGAAUUUUUGUUUUUAACUAGUGUAUUCAUUUCAUGAAAGAUAAAAAUAACUAGUUUAAAAUUUAUUUAACAGAUGAUCAGUGCAACCGAAAUAGAAAUGAGCUCACCGUUACACGUGGCAGUGGACAAUGGUCAUUACGAAGUUGUUAAGCUUCUCUUGGAAAAAUGUGAGUAGUUAACCUGUCCCUGUGUUUUACUUUGGAAGCAAUCACUUCACAAGUUUGGAUUGUUUUACUUUACAAAAUUGUUUAUGAUAUUGUAACUUCACAUUUAGAGAAUUUUCUACAUCUGGUGUUGAAAAAAACAACACUUUAAAAAAAAAACUUCGUUCAUGUUUUACAGAACACCACUGAAAAGUUCGAGGUUGACAAUUUUUAUUUACUCCCAGGUGCUGAUGUCAACAAACCCAGAAAGCAUUUCAUGUACCCCUUACACCUAGCGGCACAGUCUGGGGAUGUUCGUAUUGCCACAUUGCUGGUGGAAAACCACGCACGCAUCGAUGCCCUCAAUGACGACCAGGCCACGGCCCUCCACAGAGCCGCGGCUCUUAACCACGUUCAAGUAGUGGAGUUUUUGGUAGAAAGGUAC